CUUUCUUCCUCAUCAUCUCAGCUAAUUGUUCUCGAGUCUCAAAAACAGCUUCUCGUUUUCCUCUCUGAAUUCUCGUGUUUGCCCAGCGUGGUUUGGCAUUUGAGAUCUGAAUUCAGUUGCUUGCUCGAUCUUUCUCUGUCUCCAAGCAUGAUACUUGACUUUUUCAAGGACUACAUCCUCCCCUUUGUUAUGGGGGCGAUACUUGACCCUGUCAUCAACUUCAUCCUCUCCCCUGUUAUAGAGGCGAUACUUGACUUUGUCACCAACUCCAUCCUCCCCCCUGUUAUAGAGGCAUUGGAUUGCGAAGUGAUUUCACGUGCUUAUGGAUGCUGGACAGCUUCAGAUUCUUCUAAUCACGAGGUGCAGCUGAUGAGCCUUAGAGACUCCCUCAAGAUUCUCCAGUCUAUGACCAAUGAUGCAGAGCGAAGACAGGGAAAAGAAAGUGAUUGCCCUAUAAGGCUCUGGUUACAACAUCGCCAAAUGCUAGCUUUUGAUGUUGAGGAUGUGCUGGAUGAGCGUGAUUAUGAGCAGCUUUGCUGCGAUGUUGAGACUCUUGGGGAGAAGAAGAGAAAAAGGAGUUCAUUCAGUUCCGAUAUUGUUGACAAAAUAAAAGAUAUGAAUGUGCGCUUUGAUGAAUUAAAAGAGCACGCACGUCUACUUAAUCUGGAGUCACACGAAUUUCAUCCAACAGCCAUGCAAUUACCCAAGACUGACUCUGUGCUUGGUGAUUCAAAAGUUUUUGGAAGGGGAGAUGAUAUUGAGAGAAUUCUUGGCAUCCUGGAUGACUUGAGGGAGAAACAAUAUCUAGUGUCUGGAGUUUCAAUAGUUGGCAUGGGGGGCCUUGGAAAGACAACAGUAGCAAGAUCAAUUUACAAGAAGGCAAAGGAAGAAAAGCACUAUGAUCUUAUAGCUUGGGUGUGUGUCUCUGAAGACUUCAAUGAGGAAACAAUUUUGAGAGAGAUGCAUGAACAUUUUAAGGGUGGUGUCCCUCCAAGCAGCAUCAAUGUACUGGUUGAAGGUCUUGCCAAGGAGUUAGAGAAGAAGAAUUUUCUUCUCGUUCUUGAUGACGUGUGGAACAAAGAUAAAUCCAAGUGGAUUGCUUUCAACAGUCGUCUCUCAGGAAUUUUGAGGACAAUGGGGAAUUCCAUUAUGGUGACAACUCAUGAUGAAGAGGUAGCACUUGAGAUGAGGAAAAUGAAUCUUAUGCGAAAUUCUAUGCAAAUUUAUAAAAUGCAGAAGUUAUCAUAUGUUGAGUGCUGGUCAAUAAUUGAAAAGACGGUUCUCGAACUAUCGGGACUACAAUCAAUUUCUCCUAAUUUGAAAGAUAUUGGGGUGGAUAUUGCCAAAAAGUGUGGGGGCUUGCCAUUGAUAGCAGCUGUCAUGGGAGGAACACUGAGCUCUGAAAUUCAAAAAGGUGCGUGGGAGGCUAUCAGAGAUAAUGAUGCAUGGAAUUUGGAUUCAAAAGAUGGAAAAUGGAUUUUAUCCAUACUAAAAAUCAGUUAUGAUCAUUUGCUUCCACAUUUGAAAAAAUGCUUCUCUUAUUGUUCAAUAUUUCCAAAGGAUUUCAUCAUUGAAAAGGAUUAUUUAGUUCAACUUUGGAUGGCUCAGGGAUUUCUUCACCAACCUAAUGAAAGCUCCACAACAAUGGAAGAAAUUGGUGAUGCUUACUUUAACCAUUUGUUGUCUAAUUCCUUAUUUCAAGAUGUGAGGAGAAAUAUAUAUAGAGAUAUUAUAUCUUGCAAGAUGCAUGACAUAGUGCAUGAUCUAGCAUUGGCUGUUUCAAAAGAUGAAACUUUAAUCUUGAAGUCUGGUUGCAAGAUUGACAAAAAUACUACUAUUCUACAUUUGAGAGUCAAGCAUGAUGGGAGUGGACUUCCAAACAUUCCAACUUAUCUCCAUCAAAGGUUGCGUUCUUUGUUCAUAGAAGAGGAUGCUGAUGUUUUCAAUAAAAUGGCAUCUGAUCUCAAAAGUUUGCGAUCUUUAAAAUUAGUACAAGCUAAGACGGAAGAGUUGUGUCCUGCUCUUGGUGAACUAAAGCAUUUAAGAUACCUUGACAUCUCAAAUGGCAAUUUUAAAGCACUACCAGGAUCCCUUUCCAAGCUCUACCAUUUGCAAACUCUUAGACUAAAAGGCAACCAUGUGGAGGUUCUAGAAGGUUUUCAGCCUCACUCAAACUUGAAAAGUUUAUCCAUUGAUUAUGACAUGGGAAAGAGCUUUCCGCCAUGGAUGAUGAGUGGUGGUGCUACAUUUUUGUCCAAUAACCUGGUGGAGUUGAAAUUAGGUGAUUGGCAUAAUUGUGAACACAUUCCUAGUCUGGGACUUUUGCCUUGUCUCAAGUUUCUUUAUAUUCAUAAUUUUAAAAAUGUAAAAAGAAUGGGUCAUAAGUUUGAUAGUCCAGGAGGAGAAGAAUCAAUCAAACUGUUCCCAGCUUUGAGACAAAUCACGUUAAAAAACAUGGCAAUCUUAGAGGAAUGGGUUGAAGUUGAUGACGAUGAUAUUGCAGCAGGAGGCAAAGUUAAGAUUGUGUUUCCUUCCCUUGAGAGUUUGACAAUUAUAGGUUGUCAUAAGUUGAAAACUUGGUUGAUGGGUGGAUUUUCAUCUCAUCAUAAGUUGUCUUCCUUGGAGAUCUACAACUGUGACAAUCUAAUGGCUAUCCCAAAUUUCAAUGAGCUCUCGUCUCUUAAAAAGUUUGAUAUAUACAGAUGUCAUGCAUUAACUAGUCUGCCGAAUGGGUUAGGCUCCUGUAUUUCUCUUCAGUACUUGUGCAUUUCAAGCUGCAUUAAUGUAAGGAGUAUUCCAGAGGAGUGCCUUUUCUACCUCACUAGCUUGAAGAAGUUAAAGAUGGGUCCUUUCUGCAAGGAAUUGGAGGAAUUCCCAGGACUCAAUUACAUUGAUCGGCUGAGCUCCUCCCUUGAAGACUUAUUAUUAGAAGGAUGGGAUAAACUAAAGUCUUUGCCAUAUCAACUUCAAGAUCUCACUGCACUUAGAAAAUUGACUCUUAAAAAAUUCAACAGAGUGGAAGCUUUUCCAGAGAGGUUGGGAAACCUCACUUCUCUUCAACAACUUUACAUUUUUGAAUGCAGAAAUCUAACGCAUCUGUUUCUACUCCAAGCCCUAAAGUCCCUUUAUGAGUUAGAGAUGGGUCCUUUUAGCUCAGAGAUGGAGGAGUUCCCAGGACUUUAUUGCAUCCAUCACCUCUAUGCUUCCUUGAAAUAUUUAAGAUUGAAAGGAUGGGAAAAAUAGAGUUUUUGCCAGAUCAGCUUCAGCAUCUCACUGCCCUUGAGAUAUUGACUCUAGAAGAAUUCAAUGGAGUGAAAGUUUUACCAAACUGGUUAGGAAACCUCUCUUCUCUUCAAUAGCUGCAGAUUGCAAAUUGUCGUAAUCUGACGAGUAUGCCUUCUAUUGAAGCCAUGCAACGCCUCUCCAAUUUAUUAUUUCUUUCUAUAAGUGAAUGUCCCACAUUAAAGGAAAGAUGCACCA